AUGUUUACGAGGACCACGAGUGCAAGCAGCGCGGGGCACGACUGCAGAUGUGUCUUCACGGACCGCAUCCAUCAUAAAAGGGCCAACCAGCGCUGGCAAGAUGGUUUUCUGGUUGUCAGCAGCCGUGGGGAAGCGACACUGCUGGACGAGGAUCGCAAGGUUGUGUGCAAGGGGGGCAAGGUGAACGCCAAAGUUGGAGAAGUUGUGAAGAUGAGAGAGUUCUCGGUCGACAUCACGUCGAGAGGAGAGGACGUGAGCGACGUCGACAGGCGAGGCUGUGCGAAGCUGCGGGCCAAGGAGGAGCCGACCGGAAGGAGGUCGUUGGAGCUGCAGACGCGGCGAGUGGGGCUGCAGAGAAUUUCAAACGAGUCGGAUGGGAGCGCGCCCAACUUCAAAGCUCCUCGAGUUGAGGAGAACCAGCGGACUGAGAGACGCAGGAAGGAGGAGAUGGUGGGAAGAGGAUGGGAGGAGGAGGAGGAGGAGGAGAAGCCACGAGCAAGCGAGGAUGGCGAGAGUCGGUCAAAGUUUGUGCUGGAAUAUCCCGAGUCGAGCUUGGAAGAAAGAAUGCAAAGUGAUGAGACUGUUGGGAAGAAAAGUGAGGGCGAGGUAGUGAAAGAUAUCCGCCACCUCUUUCUGUUUGUUCGUUGCGCAAACUGUGGAACAAUCCAGCGAGUUCUAAAAGUAGAAGGAUACUGCUGGGGUGAAAAGAACGUGCGAAGUAACAUCCAGUCCUUGAACAUGCAGCGAGCAACCGAAGACAAAACGGCAGAGACCAUGAGGGAGGAGAUGGAGCUUAGCGAGGCUUUCCGAGCUGAGGGGGAAGAGAGUGAGAGGUGGAGAGGUGCGAUCAGAGUGGAGGAGGAGAUGGGUGGUAUGGUCGACAUGGAGGGGAUCGACGGUAUGUCGGGUGAGGCUCAGGUGAAACAGAUGUUGACGCGAGAUGGACCGGCAAGGGACAAUGUUGAGGACUUUGAGGACUCGACGGAGGCAGAGACAGGAGGAGGAGGAGGAGGAGGAGGAGGAGGAGGAGGAGCCGAGGCGGUGGAGGGACGAGAGAAGAUGGCAACAGAAGAAGCAAACAAGGAAGAGGAGUGGGGGAAGCAAGAGAAUCUCAAGGCCAAGUCUUCAUCCUACGACAAGGACGACCUGUGGGUCAUCUCCUCCUCUCCCACCUUCGACGAGCCAACCGACGACAAUUCCUUCACCUUCCUUGCUCGUAGCGAGUACUACGGCGUCUCGUCAUCAGGUCUCGUGUCCGUCAAGCCUCUUCUGUCUUCUCCUCCUCCUCGAUCCUCCCGCGUCACUAGAGUCUUCGCUCUCCGGGGGUCAAACGUGGCGACUGAAGUCUACAUGCUCGACGUCCUGGCGAACCUGACGAGGGAGGAGAGGACGAAGAGACGCUCGCCUCCUCUCUUCCGCUCCCUGCUCGCACUCGGUCCCGUCACCUCACAGGACGACGUUCUACAUCAGCGCCUCCGGCAGCUCUCCGAGGAGGAUCAGGCGAGCUUCAAAGGAGCAUUGGAGGUAGCGGAGGGUCAGGAGGAGGCGGAGGACAUUCUCAAGCACUUUGCUCUCAACGAGGAGCAGCAGCUUGCACUGCAGGCUGUCAAGAAGUCGCUCCUCCCUGCCUCUGAUCCGCAGCAAGAGGUCAACCCCUUCAUCCUCCUCUUCGGCAUCUUCGGGAGCGGCAAGACCCACCUCCUCAGCGCUAUCAUUCUCCUCCUCUACCGACUGAGCAAGAGGGCCGAGCAGAGCUCGACGGCUCUCCAUCCUCUCCGCGUCCUCGUCGUCAGCUGGACAAACGUGGCGGUGGAUCGCGUGCUGCUGAGCCUGGAGCAGCGCGGCAUCAAGGACUUUGAGCGGCACGGGAGCGCGACGAGGAUGUCAAAGGACCUGCUCAAGUACUCGUGCCUGCAGCUGAAGCACGAAGAGAGGAGGCGGCCCGAGCAGUCGAAGCCCAUCAUCGUGGGGGCAACCAUCGCCUCCUGCUCCUUCUCCUCCUUGGACGACUGCGAGUUUGACUUUGUGAUCGUAGACGAGGCGACUCAGAUCCCUGAGCCUGCCUGCCUGCUGCCGCUGCUGAGGUUCCAUCCUGCGCGCGUGAUCCUCGUCGGAGAUCCUAAACAACUUCCUCCCACGUUACGAGGACCCAACCGACUGCUGGGCCCGGCAGAUGACCUGACAAGAACUCUCUUCGAGCGGCUCAGUGAGCUAUCGCCCUCCUCCAGCAUUCGCCUCACCCGGCAGUACCGAUGUCAUCCUCGCAUCUCCCGCUUGGCCUCCCUCCUCUUCUACAACCAGGAGGUCAAGGACGGAGUAGCAGGGGAGGACAGGCAGGCGAUAUGCUUCCUGCCCCCCACUCUCUUUCUCGACACGUCCUCGCUUGACCGCUCCUCUCUGCCAGCCUUCAUGCAGCAGGAGGUGACCUCCGACUCCUUCCUCUCCGACUUCGGCUCGGACGUGCAGGAGCUAAGGAACUGGUCGGACUUCCAUGAAGCCGCUGCUGUCCUCGGCCUCUUGAGCAAACUCCUCAGGGCCAACGUGCCGGCAAAGCAGAUCGGCAUCAUCUGCAUGUAUCGAGCGCAGUACCGACGUGAGUACGAAGUCUCCUGA